ACACAAGAUGGGAGGUGUGAACACGAAGGAGGUAGUUGAGGCACUUGAUGCGACAGAUAGCAGAACAACGCCUCCUCACAUGGGAAGAAAAACAAUCCUCAGCACAGAUCCAAGAUCACCAACUGAGGAGAUAUGUCGAACACCAAUAGUAGUUGACAACUCUCCCAGCAUCGACACGCCAAGCUCAUCAAUAAUUGCUCACCGAUCCCGUGUUCUGGAGGAAGACCCAAGGUCACCGUCCAUUGAGGUCAGCAGGACUCCGAUACAGGUCGCAGAGACGCCUGAUAUCCACAGGAACCAGCCGGGAGUGAGACACAGACCCAAACAUCUGCAUAUCGGCACGACCACGCCUGUACACUGUGCCCCGCGCGACCCUGCCACCGAGCCAGCGAGCGACCCACGUUCGCCUACCAAGACAAUAGCAAGGACGCCGAUACAGGAGGACCACGUAUCCGUCGAUCUAGACGACCCGCGAUCUCCCACGGGUGACAUCGCUCGAACGCCCGUCUUCACGAGCGAGCUUGCCGCCGAUAGCCAGGCAGAAGCACUAGCGAGAGGGGAAAAGACACCAGCAUAUCAUAAACUGUCCGAAAGUUCCGACAUUUCUAGUGGCGACCUUGUAGCAGACGGCGAGACGACGAGCUUACUGCCAGACGAAUCGGUCGGCAUGAAGCAGCUGCAGCCGAAAAAGCUAUUCGAGAAGAACGCCGGGGGAAAGAUGGCUGCCGCCCGUGCUGCUGACACCCCAAAGUACCUGCUGCAGCGUCGCCAAAGCGAGCGACUCAACAGUGACCUAGAGGGCGCUGCCGAGGACAAGGAGAACCUGACGCAAUCGUGAAUGCGCGGCUGAAAAGAUGCCAUCGUCGUAGCAACACGUGUCGCCACCAUAGCUACUCGCGGUCAGCUGCGCGUUCGAGGUUAGUGUUUACUGGGAUUUGCUCAUGGGGACUAUUAUAGUUGGGGGGAUUGGAAGCAGGGAAGAUGCCAGGGACGCAUGAUGGGAAGGUCAAGUGAAGGUAGCGCAGCAGAGUAAGGUGCGAGCUGUAUGGAGUAGAUCACGUAAUGUCUUUCAGGCUCCACAAAUAAUUGAUGUAAAUGCCGAGGUUUUAUAUUGUGGAUUUCCAUGAUUUAAUUGUACGUACGCUUGCAGCAUUCCAUAGAGAGUGCGUUAUAGAUUGGAGAUGCUGUCACUGCGUUAGUUGGCCUGUAUCAACGAAUGGUCUUAGAAAACAUUCCAGAUGUUGAUUACCCUGUAAGCUGCAAUGUGAGGCAUGCGCCUUGAUUGUUUGAAGAUAUCUGCCGCUCCCGUAACUGCACUAAUAAUGGGAAAUUUGUAUCGGCGACUUUCACUUAUUUCCGGGAUGCGUGGAUAGAACGAAGUGCAAGGCAAUAUUGAUCAGAUGCGUGCGGAAAAUCAAUAGCCGUAGUCUCUUUGCCGACUUAUUGAGCUAAUGCAGCAACUGCCAACUGAUUAGUGAGGCUGACAGUUGCUGUGGCCACAGUGAGGGAUGAUGGUUGGGCUGCGGUGUUUCGUAACUUUGUUGUGCUGUGACAGCUAAGUGCCAACCUGAUUUGAAUGCAAGAAUCAUCUGUUUAUCUCAUAAUUGGUACGAAAAUAUGCUGGUUUGUGUGUCCAUUUUUAUUAUCUUUCUCGCAUAUCUGUUGGUGGUGGGUUUUGUCGUAAGUUGUAUAAUAUGCACGUCGAGGUCGCUAUACGUAUGUGGCAUUUGUUAAUAAGAUGCGCAGACCUCCGUUACGGUGCACAAAAGAUUGCAUUCCUAGGUUUGAUGUUGUUAGCAAACAUAUUCGGGUCUUUUUUGAUAUAAUGGUUAUGAAAAAGUAAUUGUGCUGGAUUAGAAAAUGAGAAAACCUCAUUAUACAAUCUUGUACAAUCUUAUACAUCUCUUGACAUGUGAGAUAACGUUUUAAUCAUACUUCCAUAUUACUACGUGUGCACCCGUAAACAGUUAAACAAUAGGUUUCAGCACUAAACAGUUAAACAGUACUUCAUUUUUUGAGUGAGAAUUUGGUUUUUGAUGAAUGGUAGAUUGGAAAACAAUUCGAAUCCGUUGCUACCUCUUUGCUAUAGGUCAGAAGAGCAUAUCACCCAACCUGGUGCCACUAUAUUUCUUACCUUUAAGGGCAAGCAUUCAAGGGUCAUAUUCCGAAAUUGAAUCUUGUUGCGUGCAUUUUUAUUCCGUUCAAAACAAUGCAGUUACUCUAACAUAAUCACGUUUUAGAAUAGUUAUGUCCAUAUGUGCAAUUUGUAGAGACACCUUAGGCUUCAUAUGAUGCCGAUUUUAUUACCACAUGCAAGAUCAUAAAGCUGCUGCAAUAUUAUUCGCGUAAACAUCGAAGGUUAGAUUUCAUUUCUCACGUGGUGGGAAAUAUUUCUACCGAUAUAAUAACGUGACCACACGUAAACGCCCAGCGGACGUGGGCGCGUGAAGUGUCUAUUGUAAGUUGCGCGUAGAAUAAUAUGAUGGCUAAUGUCACAAAGGAAGUGAUGCCUGAUGCAGGUGACGGAAUGCUCAGGUAUAAUAAUCAUUGUUUGAGUAAUAAACGUCAGAAUAAUUGUAAAUAAAACUUUGUGGUAAUAUUUGGCGCAUGGUCAGGAUCUGCAGGAACGUUUUAUUCCUCAAAUAUUACGUUGUACCAUCUUAAGGUCUAGAAUAGUACUUUAUAGUUGACGUGGUAUAUAUUAUAUAUGAAAACAUCUUGAAUAAUAAAAAGAUAUUCAAGAUGUGGCAGGGUACUUAACACGUACCUUGAACAUUUUCAUUUUGGGUGGUCAUAUACAUUGGUGAUUACCGAUUUAUGACGACUGUGGUGAUUUUUUUAUGAAAUGGGCUCUGUACUGUUUGCAUAUAUUUCUUUGAUUUGCAUUCUGAUGGAUGGAAUAAUAGUAUGAUACUGACAUUGCUAUGGUUAAUUCAGUCGUUUUGAGACGUUACGUAUGCAUACAACAGUAAUAAUGCCUUGUGUAGAUGUUGUUUUUCUGCAGAUGUAUUCCUGAACCGGUGGAUCGAUUUUUGUUUAGUGGUACAGGAUUGGCAGAUAAGCAUUUUGCCAGCUAACACUGAACUGUAUAUAUAGCUAUUAGCGUAAUGUAUUUUGUAUACAGCAAUGACAUAUGAUGUUGUCGCGAAGUAAAAUAUACAGUUUGGAACAAUUAA